AUGGCAGAACAAAUCCCAGCCCCAAAACCGUUGAAACUCGAUGGAAAUGCAGCUGAAAAUUGGCGGCGUUGGAAGAAAGCCUUCGAGCUAUACAUGACCGCUACUGAGAAAGACAAAAAGUCGCAGAAAAUACAGUGUGCAACGUUUUUGACCUUGGCUGGCGAAGCAGCGAUUACAGUUUACGAAACACUCACGUUUGAAGAUACAGAAAAAGAUAAAAUCGAGCCGUUAGUAGCGAAAUUUGAGGCGUAUUUUCUUCCAAAAAAAAAUGUCACGCACGAAAGGCAUGUGUUUAACUUGAGGAAACAAAAGCCUGACGAAUCGGUAGAGCAGUUUGUGAUGGAACUGAAACGAUUAGCAAAGAACUGUGAGUAUGGAGAACUUACAAACUCGAUCGUUAAAGACAGGAUUGUCGAAGGAAUCAGCAAUGACAGAACUCGAGCACGGCUUCUUCGAGAAAAAGAUUUAUCGCUAGAAAGGUGUAUGGACGUGUGCAAAGCAGCAGAAGUUGCCGACAAGCAUAUGAAAACCUUAACAGAUAAGUCACGUAAAUCGGAAGAAAUUGAUGCAGUUUAUAGUCGAGGAAGGAAUUAUCGAAGAGAAACGCAUUCAGGAUUAACGGGCAACGGCGGUAAAAAAAAAUUUAUAACAACAGAUUAA